GCCGGUUCUAUAAGAUACGCGAGUUCUAUUUCAACUCAAUCAGUUGAAAUUAAACGCGAAUCGAAUUGUGUCUAAAAUUGAGCUAAGAAAAUACCUGAUGGAUGUCGCCUGCUACUACUGUCCACUGUUGCUGACCUGCGUCUUCCUGCUGACAAAUGGGCAACAAGCGGCGAAUUCGUCGUCGUCAUGCGGCACAAUGGAACUGUGCGUCACCGAGCAGCGCUGCAACGAGUCGGACGAUUCGGGGCGCAGUAUAAUCAGGCCACGCAUGGCGCGCACCUGUGGCCAGGGCCUGGUGUGCUGCGAUCAGGAGCAGCUCGAGAGCUGGGACGCCAUGCAGGUGACGGCAACAGCGGCAGCCACACGAGCAGCCUCAACGGCGAUGCCGCAGGAGCCGAGCAAGUAUGAGAGCUGCGGCUUGAAUAUGGAGUGCGUGCCUCGGAAGCUGUGCCGCGACAAUAAAAUCAUCGACGACGGUCGCUUCAUUUUGAAUCCACGCAUCGGCGACACAACGUGCCCCCGCGCCUUGCAACGCUGCUGUGCUGUGGAUCAAGAGGUGGAGCCCAAUGACAGUCCCUACAUCUCGAAGCUGGGCGAGUUCAAGUACAAGGGCUGCGGCUACAGAAAUGCGUUGGGCCUGAUACCGGAUGAGGAUAACUAUGAGUAUCAGAAGGAUGUCGCGCUCUUCGCCGAGUUCCCCUGGACGGUGGCACUGAUGACCGGUCGCUUUCAGUACCUUUGUGGCGGCACGCUAAUCCAUCCACAGUUGGUUCUUACCAGCGCCCACAACAUAGUGAAUCAGACGGUGGACACGCUGUUGGCUCGAUUUGGCGAAUGGGAUCUGAACAGCAGCGAUGAGCCAUACGAGUAUCAGGCGCGACGCAUCAAGCAAAUUAUCAGACACGAGGAGUUCGAUCCCGCAGCCCUAUUUAAUGACAUUGCACUGCUGGAGCUGGUGCUGCCCGUUGACAUUCAGCCGCACAUUCAACCGCUCUGCCUGCCGCCGCCAGAGACGCCCAAGCUGCAGGCGGAGCUGCGCAGCGCCCUGUGCUUUGCCACCGGCUGGGGUGCUCGUCUCUUGGACAGCACGAGCAACGAGCGGCUGCUGAAGCGCAUCUUUUUGCCCAUAGUCAGCAGGGACGAGUGCCAGGGGCUGCUGCGAGUCACCCGCCUGGACAAACGCUUUCGCCUGCGACCCAGUUUCCUCUGCGCUGGCGGCAUCAAGGGCGAGGACACGUGCAAAGGCGACGGCGGCUCGCCGCUGUUCUGCAUGAUACCUGGACAGGUGGAUCGCUUUCAACUAGUGGGCAUUGUAUCCUGGGGCAUUGACUGCGCCAACGAGGAUGUGCCAGCGGUCUAUGCCAACGUGCCCUACCUACGCAGCUGGAUCGACGAAAAGGUCAAGUCCUUGGGCUACGAAUAGGCGACGAUGCAAAAAGAAUAUCUCAUUAGAAGCUCGAGUUAUGAACAAAAAAAAAUCGAAUUCAAUUUUAGCAGAAGGCAAAAAAGAGAAGGAACGAUAUUCGAUAGAAAACUGAAACACUUAUCGAUCACUUUAAAGUUUAAGCCGCGAGCAAUCGAUUGAUGCGAUUCAUUAGACUACUUAGCAUAUUGAUAAAUUCCCUUAUAAUUCAAACUUGUACCCAGAUUUAUGACCACAAUUAAUGUUGCUAAGUGAAACGAAACAAAAAAUGGAGAAGAAGAAGAGGGAGGAAAGGAAAAGGAAAAUGAAAAGGAAAAGCAAAUUAUCGUUGUGCACUG